AUGGCCGAAGAAACAAACUCAAAGCUGUGGGAAGGUAAAGUGAGUGCAAAAGUAAGAGCCACAAAGGCCGAAACCGUGUGGUCACUUCUCCAAGACUUUUGCAGCGUCCACAAAUGGCUCCCAAGUCUUGACACAUGUUACAAAGUGGAAGGUGACCAUGGCCAACCAGGUCUGGUCCGCUACUGUGGCUCCACUAUAAAAUCUGCGUCGGACUCUGAGGAAGCGAUUACUUUAUGGUGCCACGAAAAGCUGGUAGAAAUGGAUGAGAUGGAAAAGAUGUUGAGCUAUGAGAUCAUGGAGAACAACAUGGGGAUGAAAAUGUACAAGUCUACUAUCAGAGUGGUGCAAAUGGAGGACGAAAGUGGAUGUGAGAUUAAGUGGGGGUUUGUUGCUGAGCCUGUGGAAGGCUGGAAGUUUGAGGAUUUGGUGAGUUAUAUUGAAUCAUCGCUCCAUGGCAUGGCUGAAAGAAUGGAAAAAGCUCUGCAAUCUAGUACUAAUUAA